AUGGCGCUUCGUCGAUACACCGCAACUUCGAGAGUGCGAUAUCCGAGUAUUUGCAGCUCACGCUCAUGCCCAUGGCCACCCCGCCACAAGCGAAAAUACAACCGGCGUGCCUACGGUCCGGAGAGCGCCUCUUCUGCUCUCUAUCUCUUCCAGGCCCCGAUAUUCGCUCAUGGCAGCACGACCUGGCCGUAUCCGGUAACACCCUAUGCAGAUAAACAUACGCACUUAUCGAUAUAUCCUCAAGCUUCGAAAAUAAAAAGAGGAUGGGCGGGCCUCGUUUCCUCCACGAUAAAAAGAGCUCGAUCUCAUGCUCCUAUCUCGUGCCUGGACUCGAGGUCGAAAGUUGCCUACGGUAUCGAACAUGUUCUUUUUUACGCCCCCGUGCCCUCCUCGUCGUAA